AUGGGCGGCUUCGUAUCGAAGGCGGAUCGCUCGGCGAAAGAGCGUUCAGACGCUAUUGACAGGCAAAUUGAGGAGGAUAGCAAGCAGUUCAAGAGGGAGUGUAAGAUCUUGUUGUUGGGCUCCGACGAGUCAGGAAAGAGCACCAUCGUGAAACAAAUGAAGAUUAUCCACCAACAUGGUUUCUCCGACGCUGAGCUUGCAGACUACCGCCCAGUGGUGUACAAGAAUGUCCUAGACUCGGCGCAGCACAUCAUUAUUUACAUGAAGAAGAUUGGCAUAGAAUGCCAGGAGUAUUCAAAUCGGGCCCUCGCUGAUAAAGUGAUGGAAUAUAAGAUUGAAACACAUAACAACCAAACAUACUUCGCGCCGGAGAUCGCAGAGGCUAUACAUCAACUUGUCAAGGACCCGGCGAUACCCGAGCUCAUUGACGAACACAGGAGCGAAUUUUACCUGAUGGAUUCAGCACAGUAUUUCUUUGGAGAAGUGCUGCGGAUAGGAAAGCCCGGAUAUCUCCCCAACGUCACUGAUGUUCUGAGAGCACAACAGAAAAGCGUCGGGAUCACGGAGACGCGGUUCAAUACGGGCCAACACUUAAUACACAUGUUCGACGUAGGAGGCCAACAAUCGGAGCGGAAAAAAUGGAUUCACUGUUUCGAGUCGGUGACGUCCAUCAUCUUCUGCACAGCGCUGAGCGAGUACGACCAAGUCUCGUCGGAAGAAAAGUCGCAGAACCGGAUGGCAGAGUCACUAGCACUGUUCGAGUCGGUGGUGAACUCGAGGUGGUUCCUGCGCACGUCAAUCAUUCUAUUCUUGAAUAAGAUUGAUGUUUUCGAGCAGAAGUUGCGACUGGUCCCGCUGGAACGAUACUUCCCAGAAUACACAGGUGGCCCCGAUGUCAAUAAGGCGGCCAAGUACAUCUUGUGGAAGUUCAUGCAGAGAAAUAGGACGCGGCUGAGUGUGUAUCCGCAGUAUGUUUUUCUCUCGUCUUUAGUCUCCUCUUGUCGCCUCGCCCAAGCCACGGAUACUACCAUCGUCCGGCUGGUUUCUGCCGUGGUCAAAGAAACGAUCCUUCAAAAUUUCCUGAAGAAUCUGGAGAUCAUAUAG